AUGGGUUCUGGUAGUAGAACUGCUAGAAGGACAGUUGAAUUUGGGAGGACAUAUGUGGUGAGGCCAAAAGGGAAACACCAGGCCACAAUAAUCUGGUUGCAUGGCCUUGGUGAUAAUGGCUCGAGCUCAUCCCAACUUUUGGAAAAUCUUCCUCUUCCAAAUAUUAAAUGGAUAUGCCCAACUGCGCCUACUCGUCCGGUGGCUAUUCUUGGUGGAUUUUCUUGCACGGCAUGGUUUGAUGCGGGGGAGCUUUCAGAAGAUGGUCCAGAUGAUUUUGAAGGUUUAGAUGCUUCAAUAGCACAUAUUGCAAACUUGUUGUCAACAGAGCCUGCAGACGUUAAACUAGGUAUUGGAGGCUUUAGCAUGGGGGCUGCCACUGCCCUCUACUCGGCAACUUGCUUUGCUCAGGGGAAAUACGGAAAUGGCUACCCUUACCCUAUCAACUUGAGGGCAAUUGUUGGUCUAAGUGGCUGGCUUCCUGGUUCAAGGAGCUUGAAGAAGAAGAUAGAAGGAUCACACGAGGCUGCAAGGCGUGCUGCAUCCUUGCCCAUUUUGAUCUGUCAUGGAACCUGUGAUGAAGUGGUCCCUUAUAAGUAUGGAGAAAAAUCCUCCCAGUUCUUGAGCUCAGCUGGAUUUCGAUGCCUCACAUUCAAAACUUACAACGGGCUGGGUCAUUACACAGUCCCUAAGGAGAUGGAUGAGGUCUGCAGUUGGCUAAAUGCAAGGUUGGGGCUUGAUGGUUUACGCGGAUAAUUCGAGAAUGAGGUUUAACUUCUUGUUGCAGCUACUGAGAAAGAAGAGGGGGUAAAAUUAACAAGGGAAAAAGCAUACACUUACAAAUUUGGGCAUUUUAUUAGAUGAGGGGUGUUCGGUGACUGGUAUAGAUAAAUUAACCUUGUAUUGUGUUCCAGCUUUCUACUUGUCCUAAAAUAAAUUUUGGCUAUUUGUCUCUUUUCUGUGUUCUUGGAGGCAAAUAGAUGGAAUUUGUUCUGAUCAAUUCCAC